UUUCCCAAGAUUCUUUGUGAUGUACUGGCGUUACGGGGGGCCGACGAAAUUCAAUUCACUGCGAGCGAGCGGACGAUCCAUCUAUGGCUUUAUCUCGCGUUAUUUCGCCAGUAUUUUCGUCAUGUCGCGUCACGUCGCGACACAUCGGCUCCUCCUCUCGGAAAUGCUCCCGAGCACGAAGAUGGCGAGUCUCGGGGAACGAGAUGCGAUUCGGUCUGCGGCAUCGGCACAAUCGUAGGAGAUGUCGGCACAGAGUGCAGAUACUCCAAACUGCACUGCGAGUCAGGAGGAGGAGGAGGAGGAGGAGAUGAUCUUGGAUGAGUCUGAGAAUAAUCCCAUGGAUAUUUUGGAAUGCUUGUCAGUUAUGAUAAAUGAGGGUCCUGAAAAUGAUGCGAGUCAGGUUCAAGAAUUUUUGUUGGAUGACCAGUUACUUGGUACAAUGGUGACAGCAAUUACAUUGCCUGAUGGAACUCAAGCUUUUGUCACAAAUAAUCUCAGUGACAUUGAUCCAGAUUUCAAGACUCAAACAUUACAAACAACACUUGAGAAUGGGAAUACUAUAUUGUUGCGAGAUUUGUCAGAAUUUGGUGAAGGGAAGGCUCUUCAAUUAGAAUUAGAUUCUGCUACAUUUAUACAAGAUGAAGAUGCUUCCAACGAAAAUGUAGAAAAUACAUAUUCACAAGUAGAAUUUAUUAAUGGCACUGCAUACAUGGUAGCUAGUCAUGUGGAUGUUGAUGAAAAUUUAUGGGAAAUUCAAGAUGGGAAGUUAAAGAAGAAAGAUCCCAAGAUUUUAGUUAAUAAAUUAUCUGAUGCAAAGAUUAGAUAUCCUUGUCCUAGAGAGGGAUGUUCAAAGGUUUAUAGCACACCCCAUCAUCUCAAGGUUCAUGAGCGUUCUCAUACUGGUCAAAGACCAUAUAGAUGUACACAUUCAAAGUGUAAGAAAAGCUUUUCAACAGGAUAUAGUCUGAAAGCACAUUUGCGGACGCAUACAGGCGAGAAACCGUAUAAGUGCACGAAUGGAACGUGUAAUAAAAGUUUCAAAACAUCAGGUGAUCUAUUAAAACAUGUGAGAACUCAUACAGGGGAACGUCCAUUUGUAUGUCCAUUUGAUGGUUGUGGUCGAUCGUUUACUACAAGUAAUAUUAGAAAGGUUCAUGUGAGAACACACACUGGUGAGCGACCAUAUAAAUGUACUCAACCAAAAUGUGGUAAAGCGUUUGCCAGUGCAACAAAUUACAAAAACCAUAUACGGAUACAUUCGGGUGAAAAACCUUAUGUUUGUUCUAAAGAAAACUGUGGUAGAAGAUUUACUGAAUAUUCUAGUCUGUAUAAACAUCACCUUGUGCAUACACCACAACGACCAUUUGAGUGCACAUUGUGCUCUAGAAGAUAUCGGCAAAGUAGCACACUGGUGAUGCAUAAAAGAACAGCUCAUGCAUUGGUUGACAGUGAUGAUGGUGCUGAUGUAUUUUUGCAAGAUUCUUUUGAACCUUCUAGUCAAACUAAAAAUAAAAAGAAACCUGUGAAAGAUACUACACUUGGAAAAGAUAAACAAAUUCAGAUUUCUAAAAUGAUUGAUGAUGCAAACGAUAAAGAACCACAAAUUUUAUUGGUUAGCGAUCCUUCACAAAUUACUACACUGCAGAAAAUCGGUCUGGAUGAAAAUUUUGAUGAUCCUGGUAUUGAUACGACUUUUGAAGGAUUGAAUAUAAAGAUUGAAGACAUAGAAUUUGGUUGGAAUUAAUACCAAAAAUGAAAAAUAUAUAUGAUUAUUUUUUGACAUAUAUGUAUGGAUAUCGUGAACAUUAAAUGUUAACGAUUUUGUUAACAUUCAUGUACAUAUUUUUUUAAAUAUCAGAGCAAAAUCAAAUACAUAAGCAAAUACAUAAAUAAAAAUAGUUUCAAACGGUAUUCGACCGCAUAAACAAUGUGAUAA